AUGGUUGCCAAAUGGUCUCUCAGAGCCAUGAAACGGUCGCCAAAUAGGAACUGCUCUCCAGGACCAGGAAACGGUCUUAAUGGUCUCUCAGGGGCCAGGAGACGCUCGCCAAAUGGUCUCUCAGGACCAGGAAACGGUCGCCAAAUGGUCUCUCAGAGCCAUGAAACGGUCGUCAAAUGGUCUCUCAGGACCAGGAAACGGUCGCCAAAUGGUCUCUCAGGGCCAGGAGACGCUCGCCAAAUGGUCUCUCAGGGCCAGGAGACGCUCGCCAAAUGUGUUCCUCUGUAUAAAGUCAUCGCUAAAUUGUUUGACGGCCACCAACACAGGCCACCAACACAAGAGGGCCACCAAGCACAUGAGGGGGGGCCACCAACACAAGGGGGCCCUGUGCAGGGGGCUACCCAAGGGGCCACCUACACAGGAGGGCCACCAACACAUGGGGCCACCACCACCACAGGGCCACCAAUGCAAGAGGGCCACCCCACACAGAGGGCCACCCACACAGGAGGGCCACCAACACGGGGGGCCACCAACCUAGAGGGCCACCAACACAUGGGGCCACCAACAGGGGCCACCAACACAAGAGGGCCACCAACACAAGGGCCACCUACAAAGGGCCACCUACACAAGGGGUUGGGGCACCAACACAAGAGGGCCACCAACGGCGGGGGCCACCAACACAAGAGGGCCACCAACACAUGGGGCCACCAACACAAUAGAGCCACCUACACAAGAGGGCCACCUACACAGGAGGGCCACCAACACAUGGGGGGGCCACCAACACAUGAGGGGGCCACCAACACAGGGGCCACCAAUGCAAGGGCCACCUACACAGGGGGCACCAACACAGGGCCACCAACACGGGGGGCCACCAACCUAAGAGGGCCACCAACACAUGGGGCCACCAACACAGGAAGGGGCCACCAACACAAGAGGCCACCAACACAAAGGGCCACCAACACAAGAGGGCCAACUAGGAAGAGGGGCCACCAACCCAGAAGGGCCACCAACACAUGGGGCCACCAACACAGGGGGCCACCAACACAAGAGGGCCACCUACACAAGGGGGGCCACCUACGCAGGAGGGACCACCAGAAGGCCACCAACACAUGGGGCCACCAACACAGGGGGGCCACCAACACAAGGGCCACCUACACAAGGGGCCACCUGCACGCAGGAGGGGGACCACCAACACAGGAGCCACCAACAGGGGGGCCACCAACACAAGAGACCCACAUGGACUACCAACACAGGGGGCCACCAAUGCAAGAGGGCCACCUACACAAGAGGCCACCAACACAUGGGCCACCAACAAGGAGGGGCCACCUACACAGGGGGCACCAACCAGAAGGGCCACCAACACGGGGGGGCCACCAACACAAGGGCCACCACAUGGACCACCCACAGCACCAAGCACCAACACAGACACCAACACAUGGGGCCACCAACACAGGGGGCCACCAACACAGGGGCACCAACACAGAGGGCCACCAACACGGGGGGCCCACCAGCAGACCCAACAUGGGGCCACCAACACAGGGGCCUGUGAGGGCACCUACACAAGGGCCACCUACAGGGGCCCACCAACAAAAACAGGGCAGCUAA